UUAGACGUUUUGACCAGAACAAUGCUAUUCAAAUUGUUUAUUUUGUGUUAUUUUUUAAAGGGGCUAAGAUGUGCUAUUUUACCAAAUGAACCUGAAAGUGAAAUUGUAUUCUUAAAUGUUAUGUUUAGACAUGGAGCCAGAACCCCAUACGAAUUUUAUCCAACAGACCCGUAUAAAAAUGAAACCUUUUUUCCCUUUGGACUGGGUGCUCUAACAAAUGAAGGAAAAAAAGGAGAAUAUCUCCUUGGAAAGUACAUCAAAAAGUAUUACGGUAAAUUUUUGGGUGACAUGUAUUUGGUAGAUGAUUUUUAUGUUAGAAGUGCAAAUAGUCCAAGAACCAGAAUGAGUGCACAGUUGGUAAUGGCUGGACUGUUUCCUCCUGUAAACGUACAAAUUUGGAAUCCAGAUCUCAAAUGGCAACCGGCCCUCGUAGACUAUAAAAGUGAUGCCGAUGAGGAUCUUUUUAAUCCGUAUAAGAGCUGUCCAUAUUACAUGAAACUCGUAAAAGAACAAGCAAAUAAUAGAGAGCUGUUAAAAAAAUUUGUAGGACCAUUUGCAGAUACAUAUAAGUAUGUUGAAAAACAUUCAGGAAUGAAACUAAAAGUACCACGGGACAUGAGUAGCAUUUAUUCUACUUUAAAAUGUGAAUCAGAGUUGGGAUUAAAAUUGCCAGAAUGGACCAAGAAAGUAUUUCCAGAUAAAAUGGCAGAAGCAGUUGACGUUGUUUACAAAUACGACAAUUUCAACCCAGAGGCGAAGAAAUUUAAUUCUGGAUAUAUUUUGAAAAAAAUAAUUGAGGAUUUUGAUCGUAAAAUAAAAAAUGAUAUUACCCCUAAAGAAAGAAAAGCCUCAUUUUAUUCCGGACAUGAGACCACUCUUGGUUAUAUGUUAAACAGUCUUGGCUUAGAAGUAAAUUUUGUUCCACCUUACGGUAGUGCUCUGUCAAUUGAAUUAAGAAAGAGUAAAGGCGAAUUUUUUGUACAGCUAAGAUUCCGAAAAGGAUCAGCAUGUAAACCAAUUAAUCUGGUGAUACCUGGUUGUGAACUGCUUUGUCCUAUUGAAAAAUUUAAAGAACUGACUAAAAAUGUGAUACCAACUGUAGACAUGAAAACAGCUUGCAAAAUAAAUGAUGAAUAAAAUUGAAUAACAAAAGAUUAUACAAAAUCGUGAAUUAUUUUAUAAUUAUUUGACAACAGAAAAAUUUUAAUUAAUAAUUAAUUAU